CUAUUUUAUUUAACAGAGUGCGUAAGAAAACACUCAAAAUCUUGCCAACGCAACCCAAAAAAAGUGGCAAACCAACCUACCCAACCAAAAUCCGUUUGGGGCAUCAAUUUGGAACCCUCCAAUCCCAAACCGAAUCGCGCAUUCAAACCGCAGAGAGAGAGAGAGAGAGAGUCAUUACAACAAUAUACAAUUACUACAAAUUAACAAGAAAACACUGAACUGGGGAACCGCAUCUCAAGGCGCGGCCACCAGAACCAGCGGAGUAGAUCAGCCAUGGCCGCCGCCGCCGCCGCUGCUGCCUCCUCCUCCUCUUCCGAAUUCUCGCCGGAUUUUCCACCGAGACUUCCUCUUACAUCCGAUCAGUUUAAGCAUUGCUCCGAAGCUCUCAGCUUCUUCCGCGAAAAGCUCCACAUCCCUCACACCAUCAACCAGGAAUUCGCUCACUUGCAGGCCAACAGAAUAACACCAUCUGAGAUGAGGAAAAGCUGUACCGUGGCUCUUGACAGUGUCAAUUUGAGCAAAAAUCGCUAUUCAGAUGUCAUACCAUUUGACAAGAAUAGGGUUGUUCUUAACUCAUGUAAGGAUUACAGACUGGCAGCAAGGGGCUACAUCAAUGCGAGCCUCAUCACGAGCUCUUCCUCCGGAAACAUUUCUCAGUUUAUUGCCACACAAGGUCCAUUGCCACAAACUUAUGAGGAUUUCUGGGAGAUGGUAAUGCAGUACCGUUGUCCUGUGGUUGUGAUGUUGACUAGGUUAGUCGACAAUUACAAGAUGGUAAAAUGUGGAGAUUAUUUCCAAGCUGAAGAUGGUCCCAGGGAAUUUGGUAAUAUACAUAUAGUCACUAAAUGGAUAAAAACUACUGACACUUCAAUAGUGUUGCGCCAUUUGGAGGUGAAAUAUAAAGAGUCAGAGGAGGAACCCAUGUCUGUUCUACAUAUUCAGUAUCCUGAAUGGCCUGAUCAUGGGGUUCCAAAGGACACAACUGCUGUGCGUGAAAUUUUGAAAAGAAUAUACCAUGUACCACCCAAUCUUGGCCCAGUUGUGGUGCACUGCAGUGCAGGUAUUGGGAGAACAGGAACAUAUUGCGCAAUUCAUAACACAAUUCAGAGAAUCCUAGCUGGAGAUAUGUCUGCUUUAAAUCUUGUUAAUACCAUAACCAUGUUCAGGUCUCAGAGAAUUGGAAUGGUCCAAACACCGGAUCAAUAUCUUUUCUGCUAUAAAGCAAUCAUUGAUGAACUAGAAGACCUAAUCUCAGAUUUCAACACAGAAAGGAGCUCAAAAUGCUAGAUUAAUGAUUGUUCCUCAUCAAUAGUACCAAAUGCUGAAUAAGACUGAGAGGAAUCUGCUUGAUGCAUAUAUCUCCAAAGCUGAAAAAAUAUGCAAUUGUGUAUGCUUCUCCCGGUACAUUUGCGUCCUUCAGCAGCUGGUCUGAUGCCUCAUCAUUAUGGUGGAACUUACAAGCAUUGCUAAACAAUUAGUUUAUUCUCCUCAAAUCCCACCAAGGAGCUGAAUAAUUCAAAUGGCCUCUAUUUCCUGUUAUAACAGUUCUCUCCUGAUUGUUAGAAAAAUGAACUGACUUGUAGACAGUGCAGGUUUCGUGAUUCUCAUUGAGCUUAUACAUUUGACCUGACUGUUUUCUGUUAAGACCAAGAAGUACAUCCUGUAUGUUAGAUUUACAGUAAUGGACAACUUGUAUGUUGAAAUGCCCAAUAGUACUAGAACUGAAAUGGUCUAUAAGGUUCUCUAUUAGACAGUGGUCAUUAUUACUAAGACAAGAUUAUAUGUUUUUGUUGACUUUAAUUUGUCAUCUUUCAUUACGAGGGAUAGUCUUCCUCUUCCAGAGUGCUCUAAAAAAACUCCACUAUCCAGUAAGGAGCUUUGUGAAUGUGGAUUACUGUAGCUUAGUUGAUACUAUCAACAUGGAAAGUUCA